CAAAGGAAUCUACAAGAAACAUGGCUCGUACUAAGCAAACCGCACGAAAAUCUACCGGAGGAAAAGCUCCCCGAAAACAGCUCGCCACCAAAGCAGCACGUAAGAGUGCCCCAGCAACUGGUGGAGUCAAGAAGCCUCAUCGUUACAGGCCCGGUACCGUCGCUCUUCGUGAGAUCCGUCGUUACCAGAAAUCAACCGAGCUGUUGAUCCGCAAGCUGCCCUUCCAGCGUCUUGUCCGUGAGAUCGCUCAGGACUUCAAGACAGAUCUCCGAUUCCAGAGCUCAGCUGUGAUGGCCCUUCAGGAGGCUAGUGAAGCUUACUUGGUUGGUCUGUUUGAAGACACCAACUUGUGCGCCAUUCACGCCAAGAGAGUCACCAUCAUGCCCAAGGACAUUCAGCUUGCCCGCCGAAUCCGUGGAGAGAGAGCAUAAGUUCUCAACUCAUUUACAAAACAACGGCUCUUUUAAGAGCCACCACAUCAUUCAAAAUCAAAGAUCUAUAUGCCUCUAUUGAAUAUUGACUAAUUAAUGCUAUAUGUGUUAAAUUCUGUAUGUAUURAAUUCCGGAGAUGGCAUUCAA